AUGAGCCCUUCACUUCAGUCUGAUCGACUUACCUGGGAGAACGAGGAACUCGCGUCAGUUGAAGCUGGAACUAAGUUCCAAGUCUCAGCCUUUGACUUUCGGAGCGAUAUUACGACAUCGACGUCCGGCAGGCAAUUUCAAGCUAUACUUGGCGUGAGCUCGAAUGAUGGGUGGACUGCCAGCGGAAGCAAGGUCUUUGAGGAUAAGAUGGCAGACCUUGCAGGACGAGCAGCAUCCCUAUUCAUGAUCUCCAGCACGAUGAGUAACCAGGUGGCCAUCCGGACCCACCUGAACCGGCCACCCAACGGCAUCAUUUGUGAUGCGCGAAGUCACAUCAUGCACCAAGAGGUUGGCGCCAUAGGUCAGCUCUCAGGUGCUCUGCCCCUGGCGAUAUAUCCCCAAAACGGGUUGUACCUCACCCUUGAGGACAUUGAGGAGAAUAUCGUCCUCUCGGAUGGCACCGACACGUGCACAUGCCCCACCCGCUUGCUACAUCUCGAGAAUCCUCUAGGGGGUGUCGUGAUGCCCGUCGAAGAAAUGAAACGCAUAAAGCAAUAUGCUGAUAAACACAGUCUCACGGUGCAUAUGGAUGGGGCCAGGUUAUGGGAGGCAGUAGCUUGCGGUGCGGGGAACCUGGAGGCAUUCUGCAGCCAAGUCCACAGCCUUAAUCUGUGUCUGACCAAGGGCCUAGGCGGAUCUGUCGGAAGUUUCCUCGUUGGGGACAGCGAGUUCAUACGACACGCGAAAUGGGUUCGAAAAAGCCUUGGCGGGAGCAUGCGGCAGCCGGGAUGGGUCGCCGCCGCCGGCUGGGCCGCUGUGGGGGAAGUGUUCGGUCAAGACCCGAGUGGUCAAGAUGCCUGGCGCCUAAGGCGGACCCAUGACCUUGCAAGAAGGCUAGCCAAGCAUUGGGAGGACCUUGGUGGAAGGCUUGUCGUACCGCAACAGACCAAUAUGGUCUGGCUCGAUCUUGAUGCUGCUGGCAUCGACGAGGAUUCGUGGGAGUCAGGUGGCCAGGAGCGGGGGAUCUUGCUGCAUUGCUCCCGGCUGGUGACCCACUACCAAAUCAGCGACGAGGCGGUGGUCUGCCUAGAACAGUACAUGGCCGACAUGAUGCAGAAUCUGCAGCAAAGACGACGGUUGCAGACACGAAUCCCUCGCCCCGAAGCUGUGGCCCGACUGGCUAAGACUAUGCGACGUGGCCUAGAGCUAGCACGCCUGCAAGGUUAUAGGAAGUAA